CGUGACAUUUGUGAUUUUAAUUCUUAAUUUUUACCCGCAUUUAAAAGCUACUUAUUUACAUUAAUUAUAAAUUACAUCAUCUGAAAACUGUAGAAAUUAAAAUACGCAUUACUUACGUAUUUUGAGUAUUUAUUACAAAUAAGAUUAAUAAUGGAAGAUAAAGAAUUGACAGCAUUAAAAAAGUUGAGGGAAAAACUUCUUCUGAAAGCUUCUGAUUUAUUUGAAGAGUUAAAGAAGCAGGAAAGGAAUCAACAAAAAGUUGUCAUAAGGCAGUGGGAACCAUGUACUGUACAAAAUACCAGUAAUAUAGAAAAUAAGGUAGAACGCUAUGAACAUAAAUUGUGUGAAAUUACUCAAAAAAUAUCUGGUAUUGCAUUUAAAGAUAUUGAUAGAAAAUGGAUAAAAAAUAAUCUUUAUCAAUAUACAGCUCUUGCAGUAAUAAACACUUUAAAAUUUCAUGUUGAGUUAUUAGUAAAGAUAGAGAGAAAAGAAGAAUUUGAAAUUUGUAGCAUAAAGUGUGAUUAUAUAAAUAUUAACAAGUGUUAUAGAUUAGAAAUUGAUCCAUGCAUACAAAAUAUAAUUAAGAUGAAGAAUUUUUCACUUCUUACAUCUGCAAUGGUGCACUAUACUGAACAAAAUAUGAUAAGAAAGAAAAUCAUAGAUAAUUUAAGAGCUAAAAACUAUAUAAAUUAUGAAUUAUGUAUGGAUGAUAAUGGAGGAAUUAUAAUAAGUAUACAUUCACCUGAAAAUGUUCAACAAACAUAUUUAAAAAUGAAUUGGAAAAUAUUAUUUGUUGAACGAAUUUGGAAACAUGAACAUUAUUUUGUGAUAGAUGUUUCAGAAGCAGGUGACAACUUUGCAAAAGAAAAUAGGAUGUUAUUAGAAGAGUUUUGUGAACCAAUGCUCACAAAACAAAAUCUUAUCGAUUUAUGGAAGAAAUUGUGUUCUGCCCUUGAUUCAUAUGAAGUAGAUAACAGUGCUGAAUAAUAUGUAAACAUGUAUGAUUGUUGUCAUAAAAAAUCCAUAAUAAAUAUUUUUUUUAAAUAAAUAAGUAAAUAUCAUU